AUGGCAGGGCUAGAGAAGGUGAACCAAACCACUGUCACAGCAUUUCUGCUGGUUGGAUUUGAGACCCGUCCAAAGCUGCAGAUAACACUCUUUGUGAUGUUUUUCAUUAUCUACCUGGCAACCAUUGCUAGGAACAUCCUCCUCGUUCUCAUAGUUUGGACUGACCAUUAUCUCCACACUCCCAUGUACUUCGUCCUCAGCAACUUGUCCUUCCUGGAAACCGGCUAUGUGUCCAAUGUCAUCCCAGGCUGCUGCCUGGGUGACAUUAACCAUUUAUUUUGUGAUUUAACAACAGUAUUGAGACUUUUCUGUGAAGACACCAGCAUCAUUAAGGUAACAUCCCUGAUUAGCAUCCUGACCAUCGCAUCCUAUGUCUAUGUCAUCCUGACCAUCCUGAGAAUCCCAUCCAUUGCUGGGAGCAAAAAAGCCUUUUCCACCUGUUCCUCUCACCUCAUUGUUGUCUCAACGUUCUAUGGGGCUCUGAUCAUCAUGUAUGUGGCGCCGUCAGGAAAUCAGUCUCUGGAUUUCAACAAAAUGUUCUCCCUGCGCUACAUGGUGGUGACUCCCAUGUUCAACCCCAUUGUCUACAGCCUGAGGAACAAAGACAUGAAAGAUGCCUUGGGCAGGGUCAUCCAUAAAAUCUGGCUUCCUCCCAAGAUGUAGCCAAGUUCUGUGCCCACAUUUUCAAGUGAAAUCACAAGGGAAGAAAAUUCAGCAGAGAAAUUCUAAUGUUAAACACUCCAACAAUGUCUUAGAUUCUUGAAUGCAAAUGAUUCUGCUUCACCAAUGGUUUUCUAACUCAAAGGUUACCUGAAAAGUGUGCA